AAAGCAAAUGUCAAACAUAUACACACUUACUAUUACUAUGUAUUCCUUUUUUCUUUUUGCUUAGAAGUUUAAUAUCCAACAAACAGUGCUUUGUUAUGUGUUUAUAAUAGACGUUAUAGACUUAUAGUUAGUAAGUAAAAUGGCAGAUUUUGAUGCUAUUUAUCCAGAUGAUCUCGAUGACGGUGAAGAAAAUAUAGAGGAGAUGCAUGUGACAUUAGUGCCAGAUCCGAUAGUUGUUCGUGGAGCUGGAAAUAUGACAGUCUUUGGAUUAAGUAAUCGCUUCAAUGGAGAAUUUCCUUCUGGUCUUCAAUCACGUGUUGCUCCUGAAGAAUACCAAGCAACCAUAGCUCGUAUUAACACAGUUCUCAAGAAGACAUUACCUGUAAAUGUGAAGUGGUUAUUCUGCGGAUGUGUCUGUUGUUGCUGCACAUUAGGAUGCUCUCUAUGGCCCGUCAUAUGUCUUAGUAAAAGGACUCAGCAUUCUCUGAACAAGCUCCUGGAAUGGGAGAACAGUCGUCUUUAUAAUAAGCUAGGACUUCGCUGGAGACUCACAAAACAGCAUUGCGAUUCUUCUUCUAUGAUGGAGUAUGUACUUCUUAUAGAAUUUAUACCCAAAAUACCAAUUUACAGGCCUGAUUAAAUUACUGUUUGUACUUACUAAUUAAUUUUAAAACUAUCCUAAUUAGUUUUACGCCAUUCAUAACGUCGAACGUCUGCAUUGCAUAGGAAUAAAACCUUUGUUAGCAAAAGCAUAUUAGCUACUUUUGAAUAACAUUUUAAAGUAGAUUUUGUGUUUAGUCUCCUAUAAGUUUUACGAAACCGUGAAUUGGUCAAACAUUGUAAACUUUAUGUUUUAAGUUACCGGCCGAAUUGAUUAAUGUACAUUGUAUAUAAGUAGGUGGAACAAAAUAUGGACAAAUAAAUAUUGUUAUAUGGUAUUUGUCGUAUAAUCAGCGCUGUAAUAAAUUUGCAAGGUCGGUUUGUGAAUCAAAUAAUUAGAAACUUGUAAAUAUUUAGUAAAAAAAAAGCUUGGUGAGGCCCUUCUUAGUCAUGUUGGAGAGUUUCUCUUAGUACAUAGUGUGUGUUAAAAUACAAUAAUUACAAUAUAUUUUUGUAAAACGUAGAGAAUUCGGUCAUAUGUCCGACUGUCUUACAUACAACAUAAUCGAUUUAAGAUUAAAUUAAUAAUUCUAUCUAAACAUUACUUCAGAUAUGUUUACAUCUGAAAGUUUAUGUUAUGUAUUCACUUAACUAAUUAAAAGUUUCAAUUAAUUUUUUACUAUUGAAAGUAAUCAUUUUGCUCAUAAACAAUAUAUCAAGAGUGUAAGAAAUUAUCCUUAGUAGAAAACUUAUCUCAAUCGCGUCUUCUUUUAAGACGAGUUUAGAGCUGCAUAUUUCUUCACGAGUUUUUAUUAGUUUCGUUUUGCGUCCAAGAGAAUUUACCGCCACGUGCCACACAACCUUGAACAUGUUUUUUUUUUUUUUUUACCAAAUGUCACUAAGGUUUCUUAAUUCAAGAGUUAAAAUUUUACACUAACUCUAAUGUUCUUGCGGUUGUAAUUGUUACGUGUAAUUUGUUUUUCGCUGUUUCGAAUGCGUUUUCAUUAUUUUAAGGUCAUAGCGUUCGUCAUUCUCUCAAUUCAUUUUAAUCAUUUUUAUUGUCGACGCGCCGGCGUCUAAUUUAGUGUUGUAGCCUACGCAGCUCUCACAAUAAGACUAUGUUUACGUUUCGGGGAAAUUGAGCACUGUUAGCCCAAAUAUAUAUGUAUAUAUUUUUUUUAUUGCGUAAUAGUCACGGCAAUAUCUCAAAAAUAACAUUUUACAAACUUGCAACUAGGUUCGUCUCACUAUCAAUUUUGUUUUAUUCCAAAUCCAAACAAACGCUAAGAAAUGUCUUUCUAGAUUUACUGUGAUUUUGUAAUAUCAGCUCCGUAAUCGAGUGCAUUGUACCUGAAUGUUGAUGUUUGAGAUAAUGGGUUGAAAGCCACGAGCGAGAACGUCGCUAAGCUAAUCCUUAAAACGUUUGGAACUGUGUUAUUAGACAAUUAGCUUUUAAUGUUUUUUUUUUUAUUAUGGCGCAUCCAGGUUCAUUGCGAGAAGUGUUGUCACGUGACGCGGACGAUCCAUUUACAUACAAAACAUAGUAAAAAUAACAUCACUACAUAGUAUAAAACAAAGUCCGCUUUCUCUGUCCCUAUAUCCAUAUGUAUGCUUAAAUCUUUAAAACUACGCAACGGAUUUUGAUGCGGUU